AUGGGCAGCCAGGAUCGUCCUUCAUUCUUUUGUUCUCGUCCCGAUGGGAGCCUGACGCCGCUCAUCGCGGUUGAUGACCUCCCUCUCACUUUGUCUGUCCGCGGUGUCUCUCGUUCUCUUACUCCUGGUGACACUCAGGGGAUGACCAGCUGCGGCGUUGCCACUCCGCGGGUCGAGCCCUGGAUCGUCGAUGGUGCUCCUUCUGAUGCUGGUGCCACGGCAGAUGAAAGGGCUCACGAGAUCAGAUCCCUACUGUUCAGGAUCCUUCGUGAAGAUAGCGUGCACGGGGAUACCCGUUCUGCCAUUCAGGAAGUCCUCUUCCGUGGAUUUGAUGCUCCUUCCCCGGUUGCUACGAGUGGCUCUUUCGCUUCUGCUGUCUCUAUUCCUGUUCCUGGCACUGUUUCUACUUUCGGUCAUGUUACCCAGUCCGCCUCUCAGUCUGGAUUUGCCAAUGCCCAAGAGGGCAACUUCCAGGUCAGUCAGAAGAACGCACAUAGCAAGAAGCAAUAUUGCUCCUACUGGAUCCGUCACGGCGAGUGCGACUACUCUCAGCAAGGCUGCCUGUAUAAGCAUGAGAUGCCUAUGGACACGCAGCUACUGGAGAAGCUUGGUCUUCGUGAUAUUCCUCGAUGGUACCGUGAGAAGUUCUCAGUUGCUAGUCUACAGUCUGGUCAUGGAAACAAAGGUGGUCAGAUCCAGUAUGCUCUCACCGAGAAUGCUCACCAGUCUUCUUCUCCGUCACCCCAGAGAUCUAUCGAGUGGAGCCCUUCUGUCAACGCACCAGAGAGCAACGAGGCUCGCUCUAACCAGAGUCGCCACAAGACACCUAAGUCUCCCCGUGGUCCUGGUUUCGGGCCUGGCAAAUCUCGUGGCAAUGUUACCAAGCUUCAGCAGUCACGCAAGAACUACGCCGAGUCCGCUAAUGUCACUCCCACUUCAUCCAGUGCCAGCUCUGGUGACUCUUUCGUCAUUCCUCAUGCUCCCAGUCACUCUCUCGGUGUUCCUCUCGCUUCUGCUCAGCAGAAUGCCAGUAAAUUCUCCGUCCAGAGCAAGCACUUACUCGACAAGGCUGAUAUGACCGCCAAGAGACUUGACCUGACUACCGGCUUCCCCAAGCUUACCGUGGAAGAAGAUGUCCACACUUUCUCAAAGAUUGGAUUCCGUACCAAGUCUCGUCGUCCAUACGAGUAUGACCGCGAUAAAUUCGGCGGUGACGCCAAUGUUCAAAGCCCGUCAAACGGUAAUCCUCCCACAGUCAACCCUACCAAUCGUCCCAAUACAUCUGUCAGCGGUCCUGUUUCCAUUAUUGUCAACUCUGAUUUGCACCGCCACGUCGCUGUCACCACGAACCUUGGUCCUCGUCUUGUCCGUCCUGCUGUUGUCCCUGUUUCCCGUCAUACUUCUCUCAACUUCAAGGACCCCGAGCAACGCCGUAUUUACAACGAACUCCUGUCCAACAGCGAAGCAAUUCACCCGCGCGACAUGGAGUACACAUACGGUGCUAUCGGCGAGCCUGUCGAGUAUCCCAACACUUCGUCGAAUUCUAGCGCUGACUCUGCCUUGUUGUCCAACCUCGACAAGUUCUUUGACGAGGCUGUCAAGAGGAACGCCCAAGCCUGA